CAUGAAUCUGGACUCAACAGUGGAUGUGAAAAAAGUUUGGAGGAAUACGGAGAGAGAGAGAGGGGGGAAACGGUCUGGCUGCUUGAAGAUUUGUUUCGACACCGAAACUUGGCGACAUGGACGCGCACCGCGGCGUGCCUGCGGCCGGGCAGCAGAUCGUGCACGUCCGCGGGGACUCGCAGACGGAGCUCGAGGCCCUGUUCAACGCCGUGAUGAACCCCAGCGAGUCCGUCCGACAGCCGCCCUCUCUGCCCAUGAGGAUGAGGAAACUCCCGGACUCCUUCUUCAGGCAGCCGGACUCCCGAGGCCACUCCAGACAAGCCAGUUCAGAUGGAGGUGUGUGCGGCUCCCUCACUCUUCAUCAGCACGGCCGCUCCCAUUCCUCCCCGGCCUCCCUCCCACUCAACUCGCUCUCCACUCAAGCAGCAGAUGUAGCGGCGGCGGCAGCGGCGGCGGCGGCAGCACUCAUACCUGACGACAUGCCACUCCCCCACGGUUGGGAAAUGGCCAAAACGCCCACUGGCCAACGUUAUUUCCUCAAUCACGUGGAUAAGACAACCACUUGGCAGGACCCUCGAAUCGCGCAGCUUCAGUUGGCUGCAGCUCAGCAUCCCAUCUCCGGCACUCCGAUCCACGCCCACUCCCUCAGCAACCCUGCUCCCACUACGCUACAGCAGAACAUCAAUCCAGAGACAGGUCCACUGCCUGAAGGCUGGGAGAAGGCUGUGACUGCAGAUGGAGAGGUGUACUACAUCGAUCACAUAAAUACGACCACCACAUGGGUCGUCCCGCGUCUAGCCCAGAAGAUGAUCCCUGGUCUCCAUGGUUUGGCACUGCAGCAGAGGCAGGAAAAGGAAAGGCUCAGAUGCAAACAAGGCCUGCCUCCACAACACACACAGGAGGCAGGAGGAAGGAACCAGAUGCCCGGUGGGAUGGACCAUGACAGGAACGCACUAACACUUGUCCCAUCUCUGGAUGUCAGGAUCAGAUCCUCAAACCACGAACCAACACUCAAUGGUGCUCACUCUCGUAAUGAGAGCACCGACAGCGGCCUGAGCGUCAGCAGCUUACCCCGCAACUCAGACCACAUGCUGAGCUCUGUGGAUCACAUGGACACUGGUGACUCAGUGGAGACCUCCUCGAUGUCCUUACAGGAUUCGAUGCCUGUGCUCCCGAUGUCCGAUGGCGAGGAGCUGAUGCCGUGCAUCCCAGAGGGUCUCAGUUCAGACCUCCUGAUGGACAUGGAGACAGUUCUCUCCGGGUCGCACAUGGACAGAGACAGCCUGCUCACCUGGCUAUAGACACACCCAGCCAACACCCAACAAUCAUCAGAUCUUCAUGACAUGACGGAGAAUUUUGGAGAAUCUUCAAAAGUGGUACAGACCAAGGUCACUGAGAGAGUAUGCUACUGCUGUGUGAUGGAUCCCUAACACUCCUCGCACCCUGAGGAAAGACAAAGCCUGACUCUCGCAGACGGUGGUAAGCUGCUGGUGUUUUCCUCUUUUCGGGCCUUGGUCUUACGGAGAUGCAUGAAGGAGCAUCCAUAUUUUUACAACGCUCUUUCCUUUUAGUCAUCGGCCUCAAAUGAUGCUCCCCGCGUCUCUUGUAAAGUGCGUCACAGCUUAUUUUAGAGUGCAGUUAUCUUUUAUUAUCCCCACUUGGGUGAUUGAGUUUGCAGUAAACUUUUAAAAACACAGUGUCAAGUCAAUAAAGUCUUCAUGUAGCAUUUACAUAAAUGCAAGAAAGACUUGUUCAAAUAGCAUUAAAGUUGUUUUAAAGGAUAUCAUAUCCACAUUGCCCGUUGUUACCUCAUUUAGCUUGUGGGAUAAAAAGAGCAACAUCUAGUGCUACUACCUCUAAGCAGCCUAAUACUUUAUGCUCACAGUCCAAAACAUGUUGUUAAGAAGCAUCAGGACUGAGAGCAAGAGAUCAAUCAAAGAAGUUAUUAUGAUUUACACUACAUUGGUUCCAUAAAACCAAAAAUGUCUGCUCUUAUAAUCAAAGCUCACACUAUCACUGCUUCACAUAAACAUCAGGGUGAGAGGACGCACCCUUGUGGUGAGCCAGUAGAAGAUCAAGAACACUAAUAGAGAUUUUACUCACAGACUUUAAGUUAAAAUGCUCACAAACCGAAAAACAGUAUUAAAACCAGAGUCACUACGAAGUCUGUGUGGAAUAUCGGAGGAGUUUUUUUGUAAUUACUAUAUGAUGAUAAGCUUUAUCUGAGGUCACAGUGGAGACUUCGUUCCUAACUAAUCAAAACCUGUUAAAAGCCUUCACAUUAAGAGAAAUGAAGGCGACAGCAGGAGAUGAAGUCUUAACUAUUGGCACUAAAACUGCAGCCAAGUGUGUUUUGAGGACUUUUUUUUAUAGAAAGGAAUGCUGGAAUGAGGAUGUCUACAAUUAAUGAACACAUGUUCAGUAUAAUGCAAUCCAACAACAAUACGGGGUUUUCCCCAGGAAACUGUUAUCCUGACGCAUCUGGUCCUCUGGUUAAUUUAAAUAGUAAAUAAUAGCCCAAACCAAAGCCAGACUUUGCUGUGGGAAAUUGCUCAGCUCUUUAUUUUUAUUUCAUUAAGGGUGGGGUAGGUAGUUUUGGAGAAACCAGCUCGAGUGCGCUAGAAUUUGAAAAUACACAGCCGGAACAAAUCU